GAUUUACGGGAAGCCUCUAUGGCCUCCCGCCCUCCUUAAUCUUUAACCAGGCAGGCCUGGCUCCGGCCAGUUCGCCCCUGCGGCCGGCCGGACAUUUGGGGAGCGACCUGACGGGCGCCAGGUUGCUCACCAUGAAGCUCUGCCUGCUGCUGGUGUGCCUGGUGGCCAUGGUCACAGCCACUGUCGCCCCGGUGUCCAUGCUGGAGACCAAUCCUUCCAGAAUGAUGAAGCCAAUCAGACUGCGGCCAGCACAGAUGGUGUUUCUACGUCCCACCACAAGCCCACCAGGGGACACAGGGACACCAACCCAGCCUGUGCCCAGCUCCAAUGCCAGCUCCACGACGGAACCUAGCCUGGAAGCUGUAUUGGAGGCUUUGAAGCCUCUGGGCCCUGUGGAAUUUGUGGCAGCACCCGAGGAGCCUGGCACUGCUGCUGGCGGGAGCACGACCACACCUGAGCCUGGGACCACCAUGGAUCCCCCCAGCACCCCUCCAGGCACAGCCACCCCACCGUGCCCUGGGGACGAGGAGCCGGGUGAGACCUGCAGAGCACCAACGAGGGAGCAGAAGGAGGAGGUGGCCAAGGCGCUGGGCACCUUCGCCCUACGCUUCUACCAGCACAUGGCAGAGUCUGCCAAAUCCAACACCAACCUGCUCUUCUCCCCCCUGAACGUGGCCCUGGGGCUGUCACACCUCCUGCUAGGUGCCCGCGGUGAGACCCAGCAGCGCCUGGCUGCCAUCCUGGGGUACCGGCCAGGGCUGGCCUGCGUGCACGGUGCCCUGCGGCAGCUUGCCAACGUGUCAGGGCUGCUCUCUGCCGCGGAGAUUUUCCACCACCCAGACCUGCAACUCCGACCCCGCUUCUUGAAUGAGUCAUGGCAAUUCUACGAGGCCAUGCCACAGGAGCUGAGUGGUAACGAGAGCCUGGACUUGCAACGCAUCAAUGAAUGGGUGCGCAAGGCCACACGUGGGCUUGUGCCCCAUCUGCUGUCCCAGCUGCCUGAUGAGCCUCGCCUGGUGCUGCUCAGUGCUGUCCACUUCCAGGCCCGGUGGAAAAACCCAUUCAAGACCAAGCAUACAGUGCUGCUGCCCUUCAUGCGCCAUGGGCACCUGCCAGUGGAUGUGCUCACCAUGACCAGCAAGAAGUACCCUGUGGCAUCCUUCACUGACUCCCACCUGCAGGUCCAGGUGGGGCGGCUGGAGCUGAGUGGGGGGCUAAGCCUGGUGGUACUGGUGCCACGGGGACCUCCGGAGGCCCUGGAGGCUGUGGAACGAGCGCUGGACCCGCCCACCUUCCUGGCACUGCUGCAGCGGGCAGCCAACACCCCCAUGCGCCCUACUACCGUGGCCCUGCCACGCCUGCACCUCGACCUCGCCAUGGACGUGGUGGCCAGGGUACAUGACAUGGACUUUGGGCUGUUCCUGGAUGCGGAGCUGUGUGGGCUGGCACGGGGCCCAGAGGUGGCAGUGGAUGCAAUGCAACACCGGGCUGUGCUGACACUGGAUGAGAAAGGCGUGGAGGCAGUGGGUGCCAUGGCCACCUCAGUGGCCCGCACGGCUCUGCAGCUGGAGGCUUUGCAGCCCUUCCUCUUCGUGCUCUGGGAUGAAGGCAACACCAUCCCCCUCUUCAUGGGACGCCUUAGUGACCCCCAGGCCUGAUGCCUGCCCCUUCCUUCCUCACCUCCAUUUCUUCCCUCCCUCCUUCUCUUGUCCCUAUCUACCUUCUCUUCUUCCUCCUUCCACCUUUCUCU